AGAGUGUCGUGGAAACAAAAUAUCAGUAUUGAGUUUCGUUCCCUUCCUUUCCCGUGAUCAAAAUCAAAAUCCCGCAGAAGCAGAGAGGCAGAGGCAGUACCCCACCCCACUCUCUCUCAAUCUCAUUUCCCAAUCAACCCCGCGAUCUAUCUGCGAGUGAUGACUCAAUCCAUGUCGCACAAGCCUCUCGAUUCACGCCACUCCCUAGACUCCUGCAUGCUGCAGCUCCGCACCUGGAAGCCCUUCAACGCCGCCUCCCCCAAACCCUACUACUACAAGCGUCCCUGCCUCUCCGAUCGCGCCACCACCUCCUUCUCCCUCGACAUCUCCAAGCUCUCCCUCGCCGACGACGACCCCGCCCCCAACCCCGCCCGCACCACCAAUUACCGCCUCCUCGCCCGCAAGAGGCGCCGCCGCGGCUCCCGAUCCGUCUCCGGCCGCAGCAGCGACCGCAGCGGCACGCGCCGCUGCUGCUCCGUGGGCGCCUCCGCCGCCCACGGCACCUGCUCCGAUUUCCCCGUCGCCAUGGGCACUGACUCCAGCGGGGAGCUCUUCGGCAACGGCGACGCCAACUGGUCUUCGGAUGUGAGCGAGGCCAAGAAUUCGAGGAGGGAGAGAGAGAGGGAUGGGGGGAGUGGGGAGAAGGAGAAUGUGGGUGUUGGGUUUGGGGUGGGUGGGUGCUCUGAAGCCAAUGGAAAUGAAUCGGGUUAUGGGAGUGAACCAGGUUAUCGUGGGGACGCUGAGUUUGGAUAUGGGGAUGAGUUUGACGAGGAAGAGGAUGAUCCGAGGUUGUUGUUUUGGGGCGACCAACUUGGAGCUGUAGAUUCUAAAAGGGAGAUGGUCGGGGAGAACACCUUGCUAGAUCAAAAAUCUCAUCAUAGAUGCCGUCGCAGGAAGCAUGAUUGUAGAAUGGUUGAUGCCUUGAGGAGUUAAGGUGAUUAUCGCAGAAGUUUGUGGACUGUGAACGCAACAAAUUUCUCUCUUUCCUUUAAUAAUGGACGGAGUAGUUUCUUUUGUGCAUGAAUCCCUGACCAAGUGGUUUUGGUGCCUUCCCUCGGCCUGACCCAUUUGCCAAAUCAAUAUCCCAAGUAUUUUUGGCAAGUAUGAAAGUAUGAUGACAUGGGAUUAAUCAGCAUCUGUACAUUUUGAUCCAAGUAUGAAGUGAUCUACUUAUGAUAAUGAUUUCUGAUAAGGAAAAUAUGUACAAGGACGGACGUAUAAGUAUUAGCUUUGGUUAUUUGUUUGGAACGGGUGCGACUUUUUUAAUGUGAGUCAUACAGAUUUCAUAGGACACAGUUGAAAGAAUCUCUUAAAACAUAUUCUAGCUUGUUGGGUUUCGUAUGAAAAAACUAAAUAAACUAACCUGCCAUUUAUCUUUGCCA